CAUUAGGAGCUAAAAGGCAACACAACAGAAAUGAGAAGCCUAAUGAUGUCCCUAAAUGAAGGGGGAAACGUUGCUCAGCUCAUUUUAUUAAUCAGACUGUCAAUUUCACCCCAGAGGCCGAGCCCCUGAGCGAUUGGAGCUGAGCUGAGAUGUAGCUGGAGGGGAGAGAGAGCGGCCAGUCCAUUCGUUGUGUCUCUCCCUACCUGGCCCUAUUUGUCUGCCAGGAAUCCGCCUUCAUUAGCCACUGACAGGAGCCUCUAUUUAUUUGCUUAUAAAACUGUUACAAUAAAUGAUUAUUCAAACAGCGUCAUUCAGACCUUAAUGACGAGCCCCAGUUUUUGAUGAAUGACACUGCUGCCUGGGAGGAUGUAUGGGUCAUUUUGACCAGUCAUUCCAUCGCUUUGGCAUCCCACAAUUUCUACGCAACGAUCAAGGAAGGGGGAAAGAAAAAAAAAUCCACCCUACAGAUAAUAGUGGGAGACAGUGCCAGGCUGAGAGUGAGCUGGUCCUGCUGCAAAUCAUCAUCAUCUCUAUCUACAGCAGCAGCAGCAGCCUCUGCACUUUUUUUUCAGUUUUUUUUUUCUCUCUCUCUCUCUCCAAAGCUGAGAUGAUGGAAAGGAUAAGAAAGGAGAUGAUUCUCAUGGAGAGAGGCUUGCACAGCCCAGGAUCAGGCAAGCGGCUUCCCACUGUCUCCGACCCAGCUGGGAAUGCAGUGCUAGAGGCCCUGGAACAUGCUCACCACGCCGGCCGCCUCAGCCCCAGGAUCACCUCCUCCUCCCUGCAUGGAGCCAUAGGGGAGCACCACAGCAAGGGCAAGUUUGAGAUCGAAUCUCUCUUCGGCAUCUCUCAUUCAACGGAGGAAAGUAACGGCGAUAUCUCCGGGGCUGACAGGGGAAAGAAGCUCAGCCAGUAUCCCGAAGUUUCCAAAGAAGCCGAUAUGAACAGUGAUGUGGAGGUGGGCUGCGCAGGGCUGCGCUCCCCGGGCAGUAUCAAUGGCAACCAACUCAAGGAAAGCAGCAAAGACAGUGGAUCAUCCGUGGCCAGCACCACCGGCUCCUCAACGCCGUCCGGUAUAGGCAGCCUGAAUGGGCUCAAUCCCGUCGGGAGUUCUAGUUCGGCGGCUGAUCAGGUGCGCCGGUACCGAACAGCAUUUACCCGGGAGCAGAUUGGGCGCCUGGAGAAGGAAUUCUACCGGGAGAAUUACGUGUCCCGGCCCAGGAGAUGCGAAUUGGCCGCUGCCCUAAACCUCCCGGAGACCACCAUCAAGGUCUGGUUCCAGAACCGGCGCAUGAAGGACAAGAGGCAACGCCUGGCCAUGUCUUGGCCUCACCCAGCAGAUCCGAGCUUCUACACUUACAUGAUGACCCACGCUGCGGCCACCGGGAGUCUGCCUUACCCCUUUCACUCCCAUGUACCCUUGCACUACUAUCCCCACGUUGGGGUAACUGCGGCUGCGGCGGCUGCUGCAGCCUCUGGUGCUGCUGCUGCGGCCGCUUCCCCCUUUGCUACCUCCAUCCGCCCUCUGGACACUUUCCGUGCCCUCUCCCACCCUUACUCCAGACCGGAACUUCUGUGCAGUUUUAGACACCCAGGUCUCUACCAAUCCCCGGCUGGGAUCAACAGCACCGCGGCAGCUGCAGCAGCUGCGGCGGCCGCAGCAGCUGCCUCAGCACCGGGCUCUUCUCCUUGCUCCUGCCUCAGUUGUCAUAGCAACCAGACAGCUUCAGCCCUGGGCUCAGCCAGCAGGGGGUCGGAUUUCACUUGCACUGCGGCCUCCCAAAGAUCAGAAAGCAGCUUUCUCCCCUACUCAGCAGCAGUACUCAGCAAAACGUCAGUGUCCCCCCCGGAUCAGAGAGAGGAGACCCCCCUGACAAGAUAACUGAGCCCUAAAGGGCACCCCCUCCCUGCAAAGACCCAUUCCAUGCAGAGAGGACUGGACAGGUCAUACCCAACCACCUGCCGACGAGUGGGACUUUUUCUACUGAACCCCCUAAACCCCGGUAAUUGUAUUUCUACAUCCAACACAAAAUCCUCUUCUACCAGCUGGGAAACAGGCCCUCACCCAACAGCCCCCGGCAAGGAAAGGACCAAGCCCAGUGCUAGUGAAAAGUGAAUUUACAGUGCAAGACUUGGCACACUGUGCUUUCUUUUGGUUUACAUGAUGUUCAAUCCAUUGGUUUAUUAUGGUUUACUUGAUAUAAAAUACAUGUUGUAUUUGCUUUGUAUAGAUUGCCUUAUUCUGUAGGCCGAGGACCCUCUUUGCCUUCCCCAUUCAGAUCCACCUUUAUCUCUUUUACUGUAUCUGGAAAUACUUGAAUGCUGAGAUGGGGGCUGCCUGGCAGCUAGAAUGGCUGAUCCCAGGCUGAUGAAUGAUUUCCUGUGAAUCCACCUCUGGGUACCAGCAAUUCCCUCUCCCAGGCCAGGGAUCCAGCAGGGACUUGGCUGAACUUUGAGAAGCGCAGCACAAACUAGCGAUGUUAUUGCCCUGUCAAUUCUGAUGCUAAUAAUGUGCAGAUUAUGACGAAAAUUGCCAAUCAUGUUCUCUGAUGGACCCUCCUUUGAAUGUAGAAUUGGAGGAAAGUUCCCCGCAUAGAGACCUGCUGUCAGGUACUAACAACCCGCUCAGGGAAGUCAUUAGGAGAGACAGAUAAGCGGCUGCUCCAUAAAACAUUGUUGCCGGUGCCGGAGAUGCGGCCUCUUUAGUGCUCCAGCUCCUACCUGCAGCCAUUCGGCGGGAGAGAGCCCGGCUCUUAGCAUCAGAAUUGGCAAUUUCAUUCCUGUAGUUCGGGCACCCUGGGCAGACUUGCCUGCUUAAAGCUCAUGUUCCACCAGUGUGUGCGGACCCUCAUUAAAUCAAAGCAGCACAUUUCCAUACAGCUCCCCGCAGAGUCGCAUCUCUCUGCUUCUAAUGAGAUGCUCUGUACUGGGCCUGCCCUUCACUUCAAUGGCCGAUACGGGCCCACAGCAUGCUCAGGCCUGUCUCAUACUGUAUCACCAACACACACCAACAAAUAUGCACAUAAAAAUAGUAGCACACACAAUAAACUGGCAUACACAAUGAUUAUACUAAAUAUAUAUACACACCACACACUAUGUUCAUGUACACACACAAACACACUAUAUACA